UUGCACAUUUUUGAGUCUGCCUUGUAACAUCUGACAUCGAAAAAUUGUUUUUUUCCUCCAAUUUUGUUAUAAACGUAAAAUCUUGGAGCUGGUGUGUGGAACCAAAGCGAAUAACAACCGAAAACCAACAGCAACAGCGGCAAAUCAAUAUAAAAAAAAACCGAGAAAUACUAUUAAAUAGAAGAAAAUCAAAGAAACUAUAGAAAAUGUCUGUGAUUGGCAUCGAUUUUGGUAACGAAGGCUGCUAUGUUGCGGCUGCCCGUUCCGGUGGCAUUGAGACGCUAGCAAACGAUUACAGUUUGCGGGCCACGCCCUCCUUUGUGGCCUUUGAUGGAAAGAAACGGAUCAUUGGCGUUGCCGCCAAAAAUCAACAGGUGACAAAUAUGAAAAACACAGUUGGCGGUUUCAAGCGUUUGCUGGGACGUAAAUUCAAUGAUCCACAUGUCCAGCAUGAACUAUCGAGCAUUCCAGCGCGCGUCGAGGCGCGCCAAGAUGGCAGCAUUGGGAUUAAGGUUAACUAUUUGCAUGAGGAUCAACAUUUUAGCCCCGAACAGUUGACAGCGAUGCUGUUCACCAAACUAAAGGAGACAUCGGCUUCGGCGAUGCAAACGCAGGUGAAUGACUGUGUCAUUGCUUGCCCCGUAUUCUUUACGAAUGCCGAGCGUCGUGCUUUAUUGGAUGCUGCUUCAAUUGCCGGAUUGAAUGUCCUUCGCUUGAUGAAUGAGACAACGGCGACAGCUUUGGCCUAUGGUUUCUAUAAGAACGAUUUGUUUGAGGAAGAGUCACGUAAUGUUAUAUUUAUCGAUUUUGGCCAUUCAGCACUGCAGGCCAGUGUCUGCGUUUUUACCAAGGGUAAAUUAAAAAUGUUGGCCAGCACUUGGGAUCAGAUUGGUGGUCGUGAUUUUGAUUUGGCUUUGGCUGAACAUUUUACCAAGGAGUUCCAGGAGCGUUAUAAGAUCAAUGCCAAAACAAAUGCACGUGCCAAUUUACGUCUGCUGACGGAAAUUGAGAAACUGAAAAAGCAAAUGUCCGCAAAUAGCACCAAAUUGCCCUUGAAUAUUGAAUGCUUUUUGGAUGAUAUCGAUGUCACUUCGUCGAUGCAACGUUCCCAAAUGGAAGAGCUCUGUGCCCCAGUAUUGCAACGUGUUGAACAGACUUUUAAGCGUUUGCUAGCUGAAUCGAAAUUGCAAUUGGAUGAUAUACACUCGGUGGAAAUUGUCGGCGGAAGUACACGUAUUCCUGCCGUUAAGCAACUGAUUGAGCAGGUCUUUAAUAAACCGGCUAGCACUACGCUAAAUCAAGAUGAGGCUGUAUCUCGUGGCGCUGCUUUACAAUGCGCCAUUAUGUCACCGGCUGUGCGUGUCCGUGACUUUGGUGUCACUGACAUACAAAACUUUGCGGUGAAAGUCCUUUGGGACGGUGAGGGUGCCGCUGGUCCCGGGGAGAUUGAGAUUUUCCCACAGUUCCAUGCAUCGCCGUUUAGCCGUCUGCUUACCAUCAAUCGCAAGGCACCAUUCAAUGUAUCGAUUGUCUACGGCCAACCAGUGCCAUAUCCAGAUCAAACAAUUGGCGUAUGGAAAAUCAAAGAUGUCAAGCCCACGGAACGUGGUGAGGGUCAAGAGGUUAAGCUGAAAGUUCGCAUCAAUUACAAUGGAAUUGUAUUGAUCUCCUCUGCCACACUGCUGGAAAAGAAGGAGCUGGAAGAAGCUGCUGCUGCGGCCGCAGCUGAUCAGGCUACUGCUGGAGCUGCACCAAGCGUCGGCGAGGAAAAGUCAGGCGAACAGCAGGCAGCUGGUGGCAAUAAAACUGGUGAACCGGCAGCUGAUGGCCAACAGGAGGCAUAUUGUGAGAAUGAGGAUGAUAAUUAUACAUCAACAGCGUCAUCACCUGGCGGACAAGGGUGGGCACAGCGGGUCAAGGGCUGGUUUAGUUCGGGCACCGAUAAGAAAAAGAAGACAGCAAAAUCAACUGAACUGCCUUUGGAGGUGAUUACGCAUGGCUUCAGUCCAAUUGACUUGGAUAACUAUACACAGCAGGAACAUAAAAUGAUUGGCAAUGAUCAGAAGGAAACUGAACGCAUUGAUGCCAAGAAUGCAUUGGAGGAGUUUGUCUAUGAUAUGCGCAACAAAUUGCAGGGCGGUCCAUUAGAACGUUUUGUUGUGGAGAACGUGCGCUCAAAUAUUGUAGCACAGCUGAAUGAUCUCGAGAACUGGUUAUACGAGGACGGGGAGGAUUGUGAACGUGAGAUUUAUACCAGUCGUUUGCAGUCACUGCAACAGCAGACUGAUCCCAUUAAGGCUCGUGCCCACGACUAUGAACUGUGCCCGGCCGUAUUUGAGGAGUUAAAGGCCAGCGUUGCCCAUGCCCGUCAAGCAGUCAAUGAAUUCCGCAAGGGUGUCCCGAAAUAUGAUCAUUUGACGGAAACUGAAUUCAUCAAUAUAUCGGAAAUGGCCGAUAAGACACAGAAAUGGCUUGAUGACAAUCUAUCCAAGUUUACGCAAACACCACGCACUUCUGACAGUCCCGUCCAAGUGGCUGCUGUCCGUCAAGAGGUCCAAUUACUGAACGCCUGCGUCAAUUCUGUUAUUAACCGUGCGAAACCUAAGCCACCACCGACUGCUACACCGAAAACAACGACAACACCGCCCAAGGAUGGAUCAGCAGCCGAUGCGAAUGCCGAACAGAAUGGCGGUGAGCCGACAUCAGCUGGUGAUAAUAAAAUGGAUGUCGAUAACAAUGGCCAGAGUGCGGAACCUAAUUCCUCGGGCAUGGAUGUCGAGUGAAAUGACGAUGAUAGAAGAUGAUGAUGAUGUGUGUUAUGAUUGAGAAGAGAGCGAGGUGGCACAUGGUUUAUACAUGUAUAAUGAAUAAUGGUAUUGGCUUAACGAUAAAAAUCAACAACAACAAACAACAAGCAUCAAACAAACAAAAAAGAAAAACCAACAGCGAAACAACAAAUAAUAAUUAUAACAAAUUACUUUGUACAUUUUGUAAUUUCUCAAUAUGCUUGCCCGGAAAAAUUCCAAAAUGUACGAAAAUAUGUGAGAAAAGCAAACAACAACAACAAGCAAAACAACCACAGGCCCCAAAAUUUAUAUUUAAUUAAGAAGCCAGAAAUCAUAAUUUUUGAUGAUAUAUAUAAUAUUAAUAAUAAUGAUAAUGAUGAUGGAUAAUAGCUGGGAUGGAUCGAUCGAUUGCAGCAGCUGUCAGAGAGUUGCUGUUAAGGCUAAUGCUAAAUCAUAUAUAUAUAUAUAUAUAUAUAUGUAUAUAUAUAUAUACGAACACACACAUUUGCAGACAAACAUAAACAUAUAGGUAAACAUAUAUAUACAUAUAUAUAUAUAUAUUAAACAUGAAAAUCAAACUUUAAACCAAUUUCUAAUCGAUCAUUUUUCAUAUAAUUUGAAUAACAACCAAAAUCAACAAACAAACAAAUAAAACAUAAAACAAACAUUAAAAAACAAAAACACAGCCGACACUAAAUGAAUGGAAUUCAAAAUAAUCAAAUAAAAAAAACCAUGAUGAUUCCAAAAGAGAAAA